AUGGAACGCCCAGUACAACCUCGCCCGGUUCGUCGGCGGGUCAACGCUCUUCUCUACGUGAGCCAGAGAAUAGGGCCAGAACUGCUGCCCUACCUCCUCCACAACCCCAACCUAAACCUGCGAGUGAUAUCGGAACUCUCAAAGUCGGAAUUUCAACAGCAUAUGGCCCCUGGGGUCAGUUUGGACAACGUACAAUGGAUAGAGAACAAGCCCCAAGAUCCACACCGCAACGAGGUUAUGAUGUUAGGCCACCGUCUGGCGAGAUGGGCCGAUUUCAUGUUUCUCGCUAUCGAUGCUGGCAUGAUUUGCUUCAUGCUAAGCGGCUUCACUACCGAUGUCCUUCUACAUGUGUUGAGAUGCUGGGAUGUGUCAAAGAGAAUCGAUCUGUUACCGGAGUUGAGCAGAGAUCAAUACAGACAUCCCAUCUGGAACAGGCAGUUGUACGAACUGCGGAGAAAAUGGGACUGGGUCCGUGUUCUGUCUCCGGCCAUUUUUGAGUACUCGGAGAAUGGUACCAGCCUCGCUCAGUCAGGAGCAAACUCCUUGGAUGGAGACGUUAACCCAGAGUUCCGCUGGCAAUGGGCUGGACCGGCGGAGAUGAUCGAAGCUAUCGAGAGCGAAGCUCAAUCAGUCCUUCGGGCCACUUAUCUCAAGACAAACUCGACCAUUCCAGAUCUCCCACUCGCCAAAUCUGCUUCUACCAAGCCUCGACUGCCCAGCGAGAUUUGGACCAUGAUUCUGGAUUCACUCGGUGACUGGGAACUCGCCACCGCCCUAGGAAUCUUCACACACCUACCUGUGCCUCACGAGUGGGAGACGCUCAUCCCACAGCCAGGAUCAUCCAAGUCUCCCUCGCUCGAAUACACCAUCCUCACGCAACCCAUAUCCCAAAUCCAGAAAUAUUUCACCACCAAAGCGUCCUCAAACCCCCCAACUACCCUCUCACCAAUUGCGACUCGGCUCAUCUUUCGCUUUUCUAUGACUGACCUCCUCACAUACCUGGCUCUUCACCAAAAGGACAUAUUCUGGACUUCCUUUGGGUUGGCACUUCUGCCGCACAAGGCGUCUUUGAUCUACAACUCCCCGACGAUCUUGCAGUGGUGGAAAGAUUGUCCUGCCGUGAUCAAGAAGGAAUAUGGUCCUGAAGCCUUGGACGGUGCUUCCCGCGCCGGAUUCGUCGAGGUGCUAGAUUGGUGGCUCAAUUCGGGUUUGAAACUCACAUACACAGAAAAGGCUUUGGAAUCAGCCAGCGCCAAAGGGCACGUGGAGGUCCUUGAAUGGUGGAAGGAGAAUUCCCUGAAACUGGCUGGCACCGAUCGCGAAAUGCCCCUCAAGGUCGGCAAGAGCAUCCUCUUAGCGGCGCAGAGUGGCCGGACUAAUUCGAUUGAGUGGUGGGAGACGUCGGGGAUUCCGUAUGCACACGAAGACGGGGUCGCACGACUUGCGUCCCAACAUGGCCACGUCCCCGUGCUCGAGUUGUGGUAUCGCUUCAAAGGGAGCAAGAUGAUUUUCGACAACCAAGUCCUCGUUGGGGCAACAAAGAAUGGCCAUGCCGGCGUUCUCCAGUGGUGGAAGGAGAUCAGUCGCAAGACAGGCCUGAGAGUCGAGUACAAGACGUGUGACAUUGAAGAGGCCAUGGAAGACGCGGUCGGCGGCGGCGGCGAAGGAGAAGUCAGAGAGUGGUGGGCGCGGAACGGACUGAACCUGGGAGUCGGGACGGGCGAGUGGAUGAGGGUCAAGACUUUAUGA